ACUGGAUAUUCGUCCUCCUCCAAACCCAUCGAGGCAGAUGCAUCACAAAAUUUGAGAAAUUGAAAAGUAGGCUCGAUCGUUUAAUGUCUCUGGUUCGUCGUGUGGUGGCACGAAAUAAUUUCUUUUUCUUUUUUUUCUUUGUUUGCCCCCAUCUAAUUUGAUUCGGAUUUAAGUGCCAUCUUUCACUUUCAAAAUCGGCAAUCAUUCUAUUACAUCUAGACCCCAGAGAGCGGAGCAUUGGUAGUACCCACCACUCCAACUGGACGCUUCUGGGCUGCACCAGAAAACCCCCGUACAGCUCCCUCGUCAGGUCUCCCCGGGAUCAGUGUUUUGCAUCGUUCCUCAAUUUGCAUUUCUUCCUCAGAUUUUCCGUGCGACGGGCUCAGCCGCACGAAACCAGCGGGCGCUUCACGGCAGUAACCUAUAGUAUGUGCGCCUCCAUUUCCAAAGCAAUACGCGCAGAUAUUUUUCCCCAGAAAAACUAAAUCUCUGGAUUUUUUUUAUCAUGAUGUUGCUGAAGCUUCAAGAACGGAGAAACUGAAUACAUUUUGAUUUAUUUCUGGUGCGUACCAACGGAGACAGACACGUGUCUUCGGGGUAAACAGAAAGGACUAGGUAGUACCAGCAUAUUGCUUUUGUUUGUUUCUUUUUAUCUUCUUUUUCCCUUUUUUUCGUUUUUUUGUUUUGUUGUUUGUCUCAAACGGCCACGUUCAAGCUUGGCGACGAUAUAUUUCAGCUGGUGCGCCUUGGUGAUAAAGACGCAUUUGGAGAUGUCGGAAGUACUGCCUUUCAACGAAGAAAAAAUGAGUCAUUAUGGAAAUGAGGGCGACGAGGAACACCUUUCCUUUACCUGUCGUCUUCAAGACACCAACAACUUCUUCAAUGGCUCACAGAAUAAACGUCCGCCGAAACUCGGACAAAUAGGCAGAAGCAAACGUGUUGUGAUCGAAGAUGAGAAUGGCGACGACGAAGCACUGAAAAAUGGAACAGAGAAGACCUCGGCAGAGGCUUAGAGCGCUCAGCUCACCAGCCCCUCCCCAAAAGACACUCUUGAAAAUUUUUUAUGGCGAUAUUUAGCAGUUUUAAUCCAAAGACACUGUAUAUAAGCACUUUCUCUCAUGUGGCAGCAAGCAGAACUUCCACACCCUCCUCUCCCAGUCAUGACCAGCCAGAUGACACACACACUGGCAGGGAUGAGAGAUGGCAGCAAAGGAGACCCCCAGGUGGACCCCCUUCAGCACACGCACACAUGCACGUGCACCCACACACACACACACACACACACACACACACAACCUACACACACCCUCGAUUACAGGGUUUGCCAUAAAUCCAAUUCAAGGAGAAGACUUCACGGGGGGGAGACGAGGGAGGGGUGAGGUUAAGGAAGGAGGCGAUGCUGUCGAAAUGCAGAAAUCAGGGACAGGAUACAGAAGUAAAUCUAAUAUAAUAACUAAAGCACACACUUCUCCUAUCUUCUCAAUCAAAUCUAUGGUACCAUUCUAUCUGCUUCUCAUUUUGACUGAGGGCAAAUGAAUAACAGAGUUUGUAAAUAUGGAAAGCGUAGCCCAUAUUUUCUUGGAUAAAGUGAGAAUUGGUAAACUUAUUUGUUCUGUGUUGAAGAAUUUAUUUAUUAUUGAUCCUUGGGAAUAUGUCUUUUCCAGUGACCUAAGGCCUAAGGGAGUGGUUUUUUGUAUGUUGAGAAAAAACUUUGAGCAAAUGAGAAUGAUAUUAUUUUUCACUUAACAGUGCUCGAUGUUGCCUGUUUUUUGUUACCAUACUUUGCAGCUAACGAGUCAUUUAUAAACGGUGUACUUCCCACCUGUUUGUAAGCUUCCCAGGCUUUCACCUGGAUUGGUUGAUACUGUAACUUGACUGUAAACACCCUAUUGAUAAAACUAUUUAUAUUGCAUUGUGCAUUAUUGUGUGUGCCAAAACUCAUGAGGGAUAUACUGUACCGGACUACUUGUUCCUAUUCGUGCUUUAUACAUUUACUCGUUAAGUUGUUUAGUUGGGUUGCCAUUUUUUUAGGGCUCUUUUCGUAAAACACUUAAAUACCAACUCAUGCAUGGCAAAUAUAAAAUCAUGCAUGCAUGGCAGCAAUUCUACAACUCUUGUGUAUUCUUGAAGCACCUCGUAUACAGCUUUGAAUGACAAACCUUAAGAAACAGUCUUAAUUCUGCGUUGUACUGUACGAUUCUCACUGAUUUGUACAGUGGCAUAAUAUCUUGUAAUAAAGAUUAUGAUAAAGUACUAUUUACUGUUAGUGUUGAUUGUGGUUUUCAACAAAGAAUAAUGUAUUUGAUGUUGCUUUUAUUCAUAAACUGUUUUGAAACUGUAGCAACAACCUAAAAAUAUAGUUUUGUAUCAGAAAGAUGAAGACAGUAGCAGGUAGUCUGACUUUACUUUUGGAAAUGUUCCUUGUACAGUUUAUUCUGUUGUUAUGGUAUUGCCUAUCUGGCUGCCAAGGAAGUCAGGAAGUCAGCAUUUUCCACUGUGAGGAAGUAGCAUCCCACUCUUUGGAAAGAUCAGACAUGGAAGGAAACGGAAAUGGCCAGAAUGAUGAACCAAUAAUCCCAUCAAGUAUCUAAAAUGCGCACUCCAUCCUGAUGAGACACCAGGCUCAAACAGUUGCACAACAGACUAUAAUCUCAUUAAGUGCUACAGUACUGCAAAUGAUAUUGUGGGGAAAAUGUAUAACACUGCUUCCCAAUGCAAUAAAUGUCUGUUUGCAUUUAAAA